AUGAAUCAAGAGUUAGUGCUAGGGCCAAACGCAGGAAACAAAUGCGGCGACAAAGAAGAAACAUGCAAAUGUCCAGGUGCUACCACACUAGGCAUAAAGGCCAGUAGGGAUGUUGACAAACCUACUAAAGGCUUCAUUAAGGUUACUCACCAGCAUAGGAAUGGAAAUACAUUUAGCCUGAAGAAUGAACUAGAUGGAGGUAGGAUAGCAGGAGUAAAAAAUCCCAUAUAUAGUGUCUCCGUGUACUUUUGGAAUGGAGCACCAGAUAGACCAAUCCUACUUGGAAUUAAGAAGACUGGUAGCUCCCAAACAAAAUACUAUAGUAAAGGAACUAGUUUGUGGAUAAAUAGUCUGGUAUCUCAUCUGAGUGAACAAGAAGCCCUGGAUGAACAUAAUUGUCAAAAGAACAACGCUGUUGUAUUUACCAUAAAGAAUGCCUCCUCAGGAACUCUUCGUGAAAGUUCUAGAGCCACUUGUAUGAAAAACACCAGAAAAAUAAAGAGGUCUAGACCUACUCCCCCUCCUGGUAGUGAAUACAUCAUAACCAACUAUAGGAUUACUAAUGUAGAUGGUCAUAACAGGGAUACUAAGAUUUCUAGGGUUACUCUUAAUGGAGUAGAUAUUGCCAACAUUUCUCCUCCUCAUGAUGCACUCGAAGGGAUAAGAUUAUAUUCAUAUCCAGCUAGUUUAGACGUACCUCUUAUGAUUGAAUUUAAACCAAAGAGUGGAGGAGAUUCUACAUUCUAUGCAAGUAAGAAUGGAAAAGGAUGGAGUAAAGUUGAGACUAAAGACUCAAAGAACUUUUAUGAUGGCAAAGAAAUUGGUAAGCAAACACCAAAAGACACCCUUUCCGAUAAACUUGACGAAAUAUUAUGUUCACAGGAUAAUGUCACUUUUGACAUAUCUUAUGGGAACUCUAAGAAACAUGCCAUUAAAAACACUAUGUACUGCUGCAAAGAACACGGUGACCUAGGAAAGGUCUCUGUUAGGGCAGUAGAAGUUAGUUGUACACAGCAUGGACACGACUCAAGCAAGCUUAUAGCUUAUAAACACUUCACUAAUGGAAAUAUUGGUGGUAUUAAGUUUAAUGAAGAUGGCAAUAAAAGAAGGCGUGUUAAGUCUAAUGCCUUGAGGUUCCCGAUCUCCGGUGUAGAGGGUGUCUAUGUAUUGUACUGUCAAGAAAAACCGGCUCUCAUUUAUGUUGAGAGUACGAGUAUUAUGGACAGAGGAUGGUAUAGAAAGAGUAGAGAUGGUGGUUAUGAAAAGACCUGGACAUGGGUCAAUAGAGGACUUAACGGUAUAGCAGGAACAGACUUAAAAAAUGGGAUUAGUUGUGAUAAAUGGCAGAAACUCAAAACAUAUCUUGGAGAACUAGGUUGUCGUGGCCUUGGAGGCUGCUUUAAUGGCUUAGGACGUUCUGCCUAUGGUCAUAACCUAGGACACCAGGAUGUUGUAACAAUAGAAGAAUCUGAUAAUGAAUCUAAACAACAAGUUGGAGGAUCUGAAGAAGAGGAAGUACCAGUUGAGACAAUUCCACAAGCUUAUUAUCAUCCACCUCUAACAACCUCUUCACCUGGCGUUAUAAUAGACAUAAAGCAGAAUAUCCCUACCGAUACUGGAAAUGGACCUUAUUUAUACCCUUCCAGUCCCCCUAACCAAGUUAGUCUUACUAAGGUUGAGGAUCCCAAAGGUUCUAAUUUUAAUAAGUAUACACAUGUAGCAUCUCAUGGAUUACCAUUCACGGUUACUGAAGUUAGGUAUGGAGGUAUUAAGACUUUUAAACCUAAUGAACUGCAAUUUAAUGAAACAGAUAAUACUUCCCACUUUGCGGUAUGGUAUUGGCAACGCAAUGGAAUGACAAACCCCCUCCUAGUAGAAGUUAAGGUUGGUGAUACCGAUUUCAGGUAUAGCUAUAAUAAGGGAGGUAAUGAUAUUCAAUGGAGUCCACUUGAUAAAUAUCCGGGUUCUCGAUUUGAUCCGCUUUCACCUGAAGAACUUGAGACUCAGCUUGACGACCUUAACUGUAAACAUAAUGGUGCAGUCACAUUGGAUCUUACCAGGAAUACUUCUAAGAAACAUGAUAAAUCUACGGGGGGUCAACCAUACUGUUGUGCUUACCAUAAUGGAACUGGUGCAAAUAAAGUAACCGUUACUAGCGGGGAGGUUAGGGUUCCUGGCUCCCAGGAGAUUCCAUUCUACAAACAUGAGAUUACUUCAGGUGAUGGGUUGAGGCUUUCUGGCAUUAAGUACUAUGAGAAUAGUAGUACUGACACUCCAAGGGAGAGAAUAAUUGCUUCUGGGCUAGGAUUUCCUAUACAAGGUCCAGUUACUGUGUAUGCCUUCUAUUGUAGAGGAAACCCAGCUCUCAUCUAUGUUAGCUCUACUGGAAAUGAUAGAGAUCGAGUUGAUGGUUGGUAUAGGAAAAAUAGUAUUCAUGACAAUAAACCAUGGGAGAAAUUCCAAGGUGACCUCCCCGGUAACGGCCCUAAUGGUAUAAAAAGCUGUAAGGAUGACAGUAAGGAAUUUAAUGAACUGGUUAAGGUAUUAAGAGAGAGUGGUGGUUGUAACUAUGGAGAAUGUACUGAACCUACUCAACUUUCAUCUCAACAGGGCGUUGCUGAUCCUGGUACUAGUGAUGGUAGUAGAACUGGAGUAAACCUUGGUAGGACAGUAUUGGAUUAUGUUGGUGACGCCGUCUAUUAUGGAGCUGUUGGAUCAAUUGUAGCCAGUGCCGCUGGUACAGAGCUUAUAAAUACAGCUCUUAAAGUUAUGAAACCCGGAGGGUCUUCAGAUAGUAGAAGUUCGGAUUCUAGUAGCAGAAAUGGUCAACCCUCACCUCAAGAAGGUGUUUAUUCUGAUACUCUUACUACGGGAUCUGCUGGUAAUGAUGGAACUGGAGGAAUCACUAUUCAGCUUGAUAAUAAAGUCUCUUACCAAAGUAGUUUCAAUGAUGGAGAGAUGAUUAAUGUUGCUCCUUAUGCUGACACUCCUAUUAAGGGAUAUUCUGCGUUUAAACACACUUAUUAUGGCCGUGAAGGAAAGAACUUCAAAAUAAAUGAGUUUACAGUUGGAGGAAUAAGUCAGACUUUUAAACCAGAAGUUACACCUGUAAAAGAUGUUAAGAGCGUAAUGGUAUAUUUUUUGAGUUGUAAUAAAAUAACCCCUCUCUUGGUGUACUUUAAGGAUACAGAUGGCCACAAAUGGUAUGAGAACACGAACAGGGGUGAUAACUGGAAAGUAGAGAGUGAGCUAGAUCAAAAGCAUCCACGUAAAGCUGAUAGGAGUGGUAUUAUUAAACGUGCUUUAGAGCAAAUCAAGCAUAAACUAAAGGUUGAUUGUGGAACGGCACUAGUAUCAAACUAUAAAACAGCACUAAAAGAAAACAAUGAUAUAGAGGAUAGUUGGCUAGAUAAAAACUAUUUCGGACGUUAUCGACAUAAUGUUGGCCCACCUAACAAAGGUCCCGAUAAUGCUCCUAAAGAUGGUGAAGAUGGUGCUGGAGUAGGCUCUGGUGAAAAUGCUUCUCCUGGAGGUACUCUUCAAGAUGCUGGUAACUCACUUGGCCAAGAUACUAGUACUAAUCUAGAUGGAGGUAAUCAUGAUCAUUCUGGAGUUCUUCCUAAAACUGGUAAUACUUCUGAUCCUGAAAAACCCACUACUCCUCCUCAAGCUAUUGCUACUGAAGAAUCUUCUCCUGAACCUGCUCCUCCUACUUCUGAUCCUGGAGCUGAAGCUUUUAUUGCUGAAACUGUUGCUACCGGUUCUGUACUAUGGACAGCAUUUGGAACAUCCUCUGCUACUCUUGCCGGAGCUGGUGGCCUUACCGGAUUUGGCUUAUGGAUGUUUAAACGUUCUAAAGGAGAUCCUUGGUGCAUCUUGUGCGCUUGCUGUUCAACAUCUUGUCCGUCGUAUUGGUGGAAUCCGGAGCAUUAUUUGGGCCCAGCUGCACUCAUGCAAGCCUAUAGAUGGAUAUCCGAUAGCAGAGACGAGUACACUGUGGAACGCAUGAUCGAUGUAAACGACACAAUGAAGCUUUAUAGAUGCCAUGGCAUCUAUAACUGCACCAAAUGUUGUCCAAAGGGUCUUGACCCUGCUGGUGCCAUCCAUAAGAUGAAGAAGAAGAUCGAAGCAGAAGUUACACCCGAAUGGGAUAAAAUUGCAAUUGAGGAGUAUAAUAAAAAGAAUGAGAGACUUUUAAAUGCGCAGUCUUAA